AUGGCGGCCGACUACGACCCGCACACGAAGCAAUGGAUGCGCGAGGCCAUGAUGAGCCGCGACAUCAUUGGCGACCUCGAAGUCGUCAACGCCAAGCUUCGCGCCGACCUCGAUCGCAAACUCCAGAGCGCGAUCGACGCGCGGCUGCAUCCGCCAAAGGACACGUACCGCAUCUCACCGCUGACGGUGUCGCCGCGCAAGAAAGAUGGCCGCAGCGACGAGCUCGUUUUUGGCGGCGGAAGCAACAAGUUGCACUACCACAAUAAGAUCUCAAAGCCUGAUGACGCGUAG